AGAAAGCACUGGAUACCCUGGGACUGGAGUUAUUGAUGGCUAUAAGCUACCAUGUGGGUCCUGGGAACUUUUUACAGCUGAUAAAACACCACGACCAAAAUCAACUUGAGGGAAAAGGGGCUUAUUUCAGCCUACAGUUCCACAUCGCAGUCUAGCAUUAUAGGAAGUCAAAAACCGAACUGAACCUGGAGGAACCUGGAGGCAGAAACUGAAGCAGAAGUCCUGGAGGAUUUUUUUGUUUUGUUGUUGUUGUUGUUUGUUUUGUUUUGUUUUGCUUUUGGGCUCUCAUAUAUCCCAUCUUGACCACAGUUUCCCCUCACUCUCUGCUCCCUACCUCCUCUCUCCCCUCUGAUCCUUCCUCCCUCCAGUCUCAUCUCAGAAAAGAGCAGGCCUUCUAGGGUCAGCCACCAAACGUGACGUAAUAUUCUGCUCUAAGACCAGGCACAUACUAUCACAUCUAGGCUGGAGGAGACAACCUGGCAGGAGGAAAAGGGUCUCAUAAUUCAGCAAAAGAGUCAGUGACCACCCCUGCCCAUACUGUUAGGAGUCCCACAAGAACACCAAGCUACUCAGACAUAGCAUAUACACAGAACCUAGAUCAGACCCCUUGCAGGCUCUCUGAUCUCUGUGAGACCCCAUGAGUCCAGGUCACUUGAUUCUGUGGGCUGUGUUCUCUUGAUGUCUCUGAUUGCUCUAGUUCCUCCAAUCCUUCCUUCUCCCCUGCAGGACUCCGCACGCUCUGCCUACCGUUUGCCUGUCUGACUCUGUAGCUGCUCCCAUCAGUUGCUGGAUGAAGUCUUUCUGGUCUCUUUGAGGAGGAAUGCUUCUCAAUAGCUUCGUUCUCAUGGUUUUCUCAGCCCGCUAUCUUAUAGUACCCAGGACCAAUUGUGGCUCUACCCUGUGAGCUGUGGCCUCCCACAUCACUCACUCAUCAGUGUAGAAAAUGCCGGAAAGGCUUGCCCUCAGGCUAAUCUUAAAGAUGCAUUUUUUCACUUGAGCUUUCUUCUCAAAUGACUCUAGCCAGUGUCAAGCUGAUGUAAAGCUAGCCAACACAGAACCGAGCCCAAGUCCUAUGCAAGAGCAGUCAGUGCUCUUUACUGCGGAGCCAUCUCUCCAACCCGAGAGAUUGCUAAAACAAUUUGAAGACUAAAGGUAGAACGAUAUUCCUGUUAGACAUAGAGUAGGGAGCGUAUCAGUCAACGAAGUUCUGGGUAGCAUGUAGGAAGUCCAGAAAGACCGAAGAAUAGCGGAAGCUUUAUUCAAGUUAAUCUGUGGAAUCAAUCUAUUCCUGGGGUACAAGAGAUUCUUGUCUCAAGAAAAGGGGGAGGAGGAACAGAGGUAGGGAUGGGGGGGGGGGAGAAAAAUAAUGGCUGACAAAGUAGGAUGAAAUAAGGGUGAGUUCAAAGGAUGGGAGGUUACUCAAAAUCUUCCAGCUUUGUCACGCCCUCCCCUAGACAUGCUGCCUUUUCUCUCUUCUCUCAGAACUUGAGCAGACCUUCCUGGCUGCCUCUGCACACUGCAAAAAAUGAGACUCUUUUCCAGUGGCAUUUCUUGGUGCUAAGUUACAACGUUGUGAGGAGUCCUAGUACACACACUGGGAGACCAAAUGGAUGUGUCACUAAAUAAGCACUGGUGGCCAAAUCUGAGUGAGAGAGCCCCUGAGUUUUCCCAGCUGGCCACAAGAAGUGGGAAAACCCUUGCAGGCCCCUGCAAGACAACUCCUACAGUCCCCGCCCCCACUGCAGAUGCUAUCUUGUUUUCUUCUUCUUGGCUAUAGAUCUGAACAGUCAAGUUUUUAGAAGUUAUCAAACCUUUCUGUGCAGUUCUACCAGAAAUCCAGAAACCUGAAAGGAAAAUUCAAUUUAGAGAGAAGGUGCUAUGGACAGCUAUAACACUCUUCAUUUUCUUAGUAUGCUGUCAGAUUCCACUGUUUGGGAUCAUGUCAUCGGAUUCUGCAGAUCCCUUCUACUGGAUGAGAGUUAUUCUUGCAUCCAACAGAGGUUUUAUAUACCCCAGUCCAAAGAGGAGGGGGAAGAUAAAAGACUUCUUUACCAUAAUACAAGGAACAAACAAAGAACAUUGAUGGAAUUGGGUAUUUCCCCAAUUGUAACAUCUGGUUUGAUCAUGCAGUUGUUAGCUGGAGCCAAAAUCAUUGAAGUUGGAGAUACACCCAAAGAUAGAGCUCUGUUCAAUGGAGCCCAGAAACUAUUUGGUAUGAUCAUUACCAUUGGGCAAGCCAUUGUGUAUGUCAUGACGGGGAUGUACGGGGACCCUGCGGAAAUGGGUGCUGGGAUCUGCCUCCUUAUCAUUAUACAGUUGUUUGUUGCUGGUUUGAUUGUGCUGCUGUUAGAUGAGCUGCUACAGAAGGGUUACGGCUUGGGGUCUGGUAUUUCUCUCUUUAUUGCCACCAACAUCUGUGAAACCAUUGUCUGGAAGGCCUUUAGUCCCACUACCAUUAACACUGGCAGAGGUACGGAGUUUGAGGGUGCAGUCAUAGCUCUAUUUCAUUUGCUGGCCACCAGGACAGACAAAGUCCGAGCCUUGAGGGAGGCCUUCUAUCGGCAGAACCUCCCCAAUCUCAUGAAUCUCAUCGCCACAGUUUUCGUGUUUGCCGUUGUCAUAUAUUUUCAGGGGUUUCGUGUGGACUUGCCCAUUAAGUCGGCCCGGUAUCGCGGACAGUACAGUAGCUAUCCCAUCAAGCUCUUCUACACAUCGAAUAUUCCCAUCAUUCUCCAGUCUGCCCUAGUGUCAAACUUGUAUGUCAUUUCCCAGAUGCUGUCUGUUCGAUUUAGUGGCAACUUCUUAGUAAACUUACUAGGACAGUGGGCCGAUGUCAGUGGGGGAGGACCUGCUCGUUCUUACCCUGUUGGAGGCCUUUGCUACUAUCUGUCUCCUCCUGAGUCCAUGGGUGCCAUAUUUGAGGAUCCUGUCCAUGUAGUUGUAUAUAUCAUCUUCAUGUUGGGGUCAUGUGCAUUCUUUUCUAAGACAUGGAUAGAAGUGUCUGGUUCGUCAGCCAAAGAUGUGGCUAAGCAGCUGAAAGAGCAGCAGAUGGUGAUGAGAGGCCACAGAGACACCUCCAUGGUCCACGAGCUGAACAGGUACAUCCCCACAGCAGCUGCCUUUGGGGGCUUGUGCAUUGGUGCCCUGUCGGUAUUAGCAGACUUCCUUGGGGCCAUUGGCUCUGGCACUGGGAUUCUACUUGCAGUCACUAUUAUUUAUCAGUAUUUUGAAAUAUUUGUUAAGGAACAGGCUGAAGUUGGAGGGAUGGGUGCUUUGUUUUUCUAAAUGUUCAUGUAUUUCUUUGCGUGUGUGAAAGGGAAAAUAUUUUGACAUACUGUUUCUGUCAAAUAAUGCAGAUUCCCUUUUCUUCCCUCAGUCUGUUGUUUUUAGUGCUAAAUGUCCCAUUUCUGAAAUGGGCACCAAGCUAAGCCUGUGUGCAGCAUUAGUACCAGCUGCCUUAAAACUGAAGUUUACAUUCUUUGUUGGCACCGUCCAUCUAGUGUUGCCCGUGACGCAGUGUAUCUGCUUAGCUGUUGGUCAGACAGCUAGACAGUGACAUGGAUUAGCUUUGCACACAACAUUCAGAACAUUGAAUAUUCCCUUGUUUUAAAAUAAACAGUGCAAAUUGCCACUUUCCAGUAUUUUUGAGCUUCCCUAAUGAGUUACGGAGCAUUUAUAUCUAAUGUAUAUUUUAGAUAAUUUUUAUACUUUUUUAACUCAUCGUAUCCAUGUUCUUGACCUUCCCUCACCAGUCCCAACCCCUUUUUAUUUGCCCUAUCUCCAAACUGCCACUCAGCCUGGAUGGGCAAUAGUCAAACAUUGAAAUUAUUUCUGCCACUGGAAACAAUUGUUUCUAAUUCCUCCUGCUUUUCAUUUGUCCUCUUCUCCUAGUGACAGCUGUGAGUGCUGCCCAGCUGCACUGGCUCUGCCUCCUUCCAGCACUCAGUGUGAUGGCCAUUAGUACUUCUCCUUUCCCCAAGUCCCUAAGCAAGAUCCAGUUCUCAAGCAGUGUCUGUAGUUGAGUGGAAGUGAAUAAUGAAUAAUUCAAACUAGGACUUUGUCUCUUACAUGCAUAGCAGGACCCAAAUGUAAACAGUAGACAAUAAAGUUUUAUUUAAUAAAACUGUUGGAGUUGUGUUGGAAAAAUAAAGAGAUGUGGUAUUAAUUGUUCUCUUAA